AUGGAUGUCCAGACGGACAACGCCCUUGGGAGCGAUGAAGACAUUCUCCUAACACUCGCCAAUGCCAGUUUACCCGGUGGUCUCGACCUCGACCUCACCGGCUCUCUCUACCAAGAGCUGAAUGGCAUCAUUGGAACUCUACCCUCGGCCUCGGCCACGGCGGCCGUCACUUCGACGGCCCCCGUUGCUGCCAGUGGCGCAGCCACGGCCCCUGCGCCCCUCUCCAACCAACGCAGCCAGGUGGACGUCUUUCAGUUUGAUCAGCCCCCCGCUCGAUACAGCCAGGCCCAGCAACACCAUCAACAAGCAGCGUCUCGGGCUAGCAAGCCCUCUCUUCAAGAUCUCAUGCGCCAAGUCGCUGAUGGCAACGCCUUCCAGGGCAAUGUCAUGACUCUGCGCCGCGUGCAGACGGAGGAAAUCACCUCCUCGCAAGGCUCUCCUUUUCCCCCUUCCCCGACCCCGCUGGAUCAGUAUUGCAACGGCAAUGCUUUUGCCGCCUUUGCGCCCUCCCCCGAUGCCUCCCACAACGCCGACACCUGGCGCCACUAUGUGCCGCAAGCCCCGGAUCAGCCUUCCCCCAAGCUCUACAAUACCAACGCCCCCACCUUUGCCAAUGCUCUCAUGCAAUCCGCCCGAGGCAGUGCCGACAGCAUCUCUCUCACUGGAUCAACCACGGGAUCAGUCGCCUCAGGCUACGAGCCCUCUGUGGCUGACUCCCCCACCAUCCUUGGCCGCUCCACUCGUUUCGACUGCAAGUUUCCUGGUUGUGGCAAGCAAUACAACACCUCGGGCGGUAUCCGGUAUCAUAUGGCCACCACCGACCACUCCAUGUUCCCUGCUACCGCUGAGGCCUUGUCUCAGCGCGAGGAAAUGUUGGAGAAAGAACGCGUGGCCAAAGAAAAGAAGCUUCGCCAAGAGAUGAACGGAACGCCACGCAAAAAGCGCGCCCCAAAGUCUCCUGGCCGCAACCCGCAGCGUCGUGUGAUGCGACCCUCCCAGGGCAACGGACGUGCAGGGCGACUCGGUGGCCAUGAAGGCGAUGGCGAUGCCCCGUACCCUUCCGCAGACUCCCGUGAAAGCUCCAUCUCCAGCCGUUCGGCUUACUCGGCAGACACUCGUUCACUCAACAGCCUCAACAUUGAAGCCGUCGAUCAUGCUGGCCCUUGCAGCUCCCCUCACCACCGCCGCCGCCUCAGCGACUCGGGCAUUCUGCCUCGAGCCGAAAUGAUGGCCGAUGCUCUCAACAGAGCCGACCCCGUUUUGCGCCAUCACGGCAGCAACCACAGCCUGGGUCCGCCGCCGUCGGCCGCCUCCCGCCGCCACCCCUAUCAACACCAGCAGCAACAAUACCAAGGGCACCAGCAUCACCCAGCACCAUCACCCAUGCCCCAACGCCAUUCAGAGCCGUCCAUCAGUCAGCUCGAUGCCUGGCGUCUCAGCACCGACGGCACGCCAUCCGGCACUUCGUCGCCACAGCGUGCCAGCAGUGCGGGACCAGACCAGACACCGCGCCCAACAGAGUCAGCUGCCGCCAGCAUGGCCAUUCGUCCUCCCGGCCACACGCCCCUCUCUGUGCGCGUUGAUCCGAUUCAGCCAACCUCGAGCCUGCAGGUGGCUGGGCCCGCCCUCAACAUGGGUACCGUGAGCGCGCCCCACGAAGCCAUGCGUGGCAAUUCCACCGAUGAACUUCGCGUCCGGCUGCAAAACAUCCAGCGGGAGCAGCAACAAAUCGAGUCGGAGCUGAUGCGCAGUGAGCUGGAAAAAGGUUGGUCCACCUGCCCCCUUGCGUUGCAAUGUUGGGCUCUGUUCGAUUUCUGCGGCACAGCCUUUCCAGUGCACCCAACAUGCUACCUCUGUACGCUGCACACCAUCGGUUUACUCAUUCAAUUGUUUCCUGUUGUCUGUUCUAAAUUGGCAGUGGCUGCCUGGGACCUACCCGCCGAGGUGCUGCAGCAACUCCUGCGUCGCCAAGCCGAGUUCAAGGCCCAGGGUUGCGAAGUGCCGCUGGAACAGCUGGUUCAGAUUGUCUACCGCUCCAAUGACGAUGCCGGUUUCAGUGAUGCCGGGUCGGAGUAUAGCGGUCUCGACUCGUCCUCCAUCUACAGCGCCCAGUCGGCCACCACCUCCCCGCGACUUCAUGUGCUUGAAUCCACGCUGAGCUCACAAAGCCUGCCCAAUCUGACGCAUCAAAUGGUCGAUGCAGGCUGGAGCAUGGGUGACGGGCCGCACGAUGGCAAUGGCUCGCUCGGCAAAGUUCCAGUUGCUGGCCCUUUGGGGUCAGGAGCAGGAGGCAUGGGUAGCCCUCUGCGUCAGAUGACCCAUCAACCAGGUGGCAACAGUACGAGCUCGAGUGAUGUCAUGGACAGCUCGCUCAACAAUGUGCUUUCAAUGGCGCUCAACUUGGAUGUGAGUCAUAGCCCACGUUCUUCCCUGCACAGCCAGCUUUCUAGCCCAGCUACCCGACCAAACGCUUUCCAUGAGCAGUCCCCUCUGGCCUAUCGCUACAACUGA